AUGAAACGCCUAGCUAUUUCAUUCUUCAUCGUCCUUCCGCUCGCCUGCUUCUACGUCCUCAGAGCCGACGACGCUCCAGAAGCGCCCGAGAAUCGCGAGGCCAACUCGACGGUAUUCCGAUCGAAGAGACAAUUCGGAUGCCCGGCCAAUUGCUACUCAUCGUGCCAAUCGAACGCGCAAUGCACACGGUAUUCGGUGACCGCCAUCUGCGUUCAAGGAUGCUGCUGUCCGGGAAACAACAACAAUCUUGAAACCGCCUGCUCCGGUGGACCAGCUGUUGCCGCUUGCCUCGGCGGCCUCUGCGGACAGGGCUUCUUCUGCUCGAACAACAACUACUGCUGUAGAUGUCAGUCAGGCAACAGCACCGGACCAUGCGUCAAUCAGCAAUGCCCAACCGGAUACAUGUGCAACACGAACAACUAUUGCUGCCCGCUCGGCUCCGGCGGUGUUCUCGGUUCCUGCGUGAACGGCGCGUGCCCAACAGGAUACACAUGCGGCGCCGGCAACCUUUGCUAUUUGACGAGCGGAAAGUAA